AUUCGUAGUAGUAUGGUUUCUGUUUCCGCAUUCAAACGCACAGCACAUUGAACAACAUGGCUGCUGUAGUCAGCUUAGUGAACAGUUUGGCUUGUUUCUGGAGACAGCCAUGUACCCGUACUUAUUUACCGCACUUGUUUUUUUGUAUUUCGUUUACAGGAUCGCUUUUGAAAAAGAUGGACCUCGUGCCGGAGAGCUACUUCAGUAGCAGUAAAAAUAUUUUAAAUCUAUAUUUUGUGAAAAUUUCUUGGGGUUGGACCAUUGUUUUGCUUCUGCCAUUCAUCAUUUACUCCAACUCCUUCAACAAAAGCCACACAUUUGUGUUGAGGCGGCUUACGUCACUACUGGUAGCAACCCUCAUUUGGUACACCUGCACUGAGACUUUUUUCUACAUUGAAGACCGUACAGGUUCAUGUUAUGAGUCAGACAAUAUGCAAGUCAUCCAUGGUGACAUUACCGCAAAGACUGCAUGCAAGAAGGCUGGAUUCAUCUGGGAUGGAUUUGACAUAUCAGGACACUCCUUCAUCUUGGCUUACUCUUCUCUUGUGAUUGUGGAGGAAAUGGUGCCCAUGUUACACAUACCUGAUGUUUACAGAAAAGCUCCUCUUGAUUUUCUGUAUAUAGCACUUAAUGCGAUUGUGGCCAUCUGGAUAUGGAUGUUUGGAUGCACUUCUGUGUAUUUCCAUGAUCCUACUGACAAGAUUCUAGGGACCUCGUGCGGGAUAUUAGGGUGGUACAUGACCUAUGUUGUUUGGUACCCAUUUCGCUUUUCUCCAGGUCUCCCUCCACAGCAGAAACAACACGCUUAGUAUGAGAACUAAAUGGUACAAGUGCACUACAACAAGCUUCACGUAUCUUCAAUGUUUGUUUUGUGAGAUGCAUGAUGGGUUAGCCGUCCAUGUGGGGCAGAAGGCAGCUGGUGUUCCUAAAAUGACAAUCUGUAAUCUGAGAAGUCCCAUCUGAACCUUAUUGUUGCCUUCAAAAGUUUUGUGGCUUUAUACAGAGCUGGAAUAAUGAACUUGACAGUAAAUUUAGCUUGUACAUUAGUCUGCUGCUACAUUCUGUAAUUAACCUGUCCUGUAAUCAUAAGCUGAGCUGCCUUUUAACAGUAAAUAUAUAGACUUUUUCCCCUUGACACUAGUUUUGAUAUUUUUAUUGCGCUAUUUAUUGAUUAAUUUGGAGGUCAAAGAAUUAUAGCGCAAUGCAUUUGUUAUAUUCUUGCAUUGUGUUUAAUAGGACCAUUUUAUGUGUUCUAGCUGCCUGAAGGCCAAACUGUUGUUCGUUCAAAUGUGCCAUUGUUAGAUUCAUCAUUCGCAGUUGUCGUCAUUCCUCAUAUCACUGAUGAAUGUUAAAAAUCUAAUCAGUUUAUUACAGAAAAAUAGACACUGUCUGUUCUUGGAAACCAAAAACGAUCUAAAAUGUACUGUUUGGAAUAUUGUAAGAAUGUCUGGGGACUGGAUUGUUGUUUGAGUGAUACAUUUAAAUUAAUAUUUAUCUGGUUAUAAGUAUUUUUUGCAGGUUUGAGGAACAAUGCAAAUUUUCUAAAAUACAAAUGAUGGAACAUGCUGGUUAUGGAGGGCACAUCCAUUAGUCAUUUCAUGCUUGUCAGUUAAAGGGUUAGUUCACCCAAAAAUGAAAAUAAUGUCAUCUAUUACUCACCCUCAUGCCGUUCCACACCCGUAAGACCUUCGUUAAUCUUUGGAACACAAAUUGAGAUAUUUUUAUUGAAAUCCAAUGGCUCCGUGAGGCCUACAUAGGGAGCAAUGACAUUUCCUCUCUCAAGAUCCAUAAAGGUACUAAAAACAUAUUUAAAUCAGUUCAUGUGAGUACAGUGGUUCAAUAUUAAUAUUAUAAAGCGACGAGAAUGUUUUUGGUGCACCAAAAAAGAAACAAAACAAAAUAACGACUUAUUUAGUGAUGGCCGAUUUCAAAACACUGCUUCAGGAAGCUUCGGAGCAUAAUGAAUCAGCAUGUCGAAUCAUGAUUCGGAUCGCGUGUCAAACCGCCAAACAGCUGAAAUCACGUGACCUUGGCGCUCCGAACCGCUGAUUCGACACGCUGAUUCAUAAUGCUCCGAAGCUUCCUGAAGCAGUGUUUUGAAAUCGGUCAUCACUAUAUAAGUCGUUACUUUGGUUUUUUUGGCACACCAAAAAUAUUCUCGUCGCUUUAUAAUAUUAAUAUUGAACCACUGUACUCACAUGAACUGAUUUAAAUAUGUUUUUAGUACCUUUAUGGAUCUUGAGAGAGGAAAUGUCAUUAGGCCUCACUGAGCCAUCGGAUUUCAACAAAAAUAUCUCAAUUUGCGUUCCGAAGAUUAACGAAGGUCUUGCGGGUAUGGAACGGCAUGAGGGUGAGUAAUAAAUAACAUUAUUUUCAUUUUUGGGUGAACUAACCCUUUAAAACAUUUUGGUGAUCAUCACUGCAAUAAUGCUUUUUGUAAUAUCAGUAUUUCAAAGAAAGCAAACCGGACAUGUUAUUAUUGUGUUGAGUUAUUGUACUGUACCCAUUUCAACUAAUGUGAUGACGUGGACAUCUUGUUAGUGUAACAACAUAUCACUUUUAUUUAAUUCAUUGUGGUGUUUGAAUAAAUAAAUAUCUUUGGAUUGAGGA